AUGGCAGAGGCUGAGGAAGCGUCGCCCCGCAGGAGCCUCGAGUUUGCCGAGAGCUCAGUACUGGAAGCCAUUGUGCCCGCUAGUUCCGACGUUGAUAUCAAGAACGAGAUCGACUCUUGGGAUGGUGCACCAGAUGACAACGGCUCCAUAUUGCCCUUCUUAGCACAACGACAUGUGCUGCUCCUCGAUGAACUCUUAGCUGUAUAUGUUGUUUUCCAAACGCCACUAUUAGAAGAAGCGACUUUGAAGUCGUAUCUUGCGAGACUGGUCAUCAGUGUCGAAGCCUUUGCCUUCAGCACGGUACCUCCGUCUGACCAAGAUACGAAAGCUACGCCCCCCAAGGAAGUCAUCUUCUCUGGUACCAUCAACCAUAGAGAUGAGCCUACAGUCAUCAAUCAUGGCGAGGGAGACAGCGCUCAUACUUAUGUUGUCUGGAAGGUGGACGUUUUCAUAGCUCGACCUCAGGGCAGAUAUCAUAAGCCUGCAGUGUGUUUCCAGCCCACAGCCUCCUUCAAGCCUACAGAAAAACCUCAAAAGGACGCAUCGGAGGAUGAAUAUCUCCCAAGCCGUACACCCACGCCUCUGAACCUGCUUCAGGCCUUUGAGAGCGAUCCUGCUCUUGUUGGUGUUCAUCCAAGACUCUCGGCAAUGCGUAUAAGCAAGGUCACGCCGAGUGCUCCUGCUGCAAAAGAAAUGGCUCGACCAAUCCGAAACGGUCAAAGACCAUUGUUUCGUGUACUUCCACCAUUGAUUUGGAGGAUGAGGUAUUCGAGGAUCCAGGCAUCAUUAAGUGACUUGUCGUUGAUGGCCUCUUUGGACCUGGAGGUCGCUCAAUUCGCAACUUACGAUGUCAGGAUCAAGAAAGUCAACUUGGCUCUGCAUAGAGGCAAGGUCAAAGAGCUGAACGACGAGCUGGAUACUACAACGAGUCACAAGCCUGGUGACCAACUGACCUUCUUGUACAAGAUCUGGCCUGAAUUGGGUACUGACGGGACACCAGCACUUGGGAGCAAGGGUCAUUACUUGACAUUGAAUGUUGAGGCCAAUGUUACAAUGUCUGAUCAAUGUCAUCCGGAUAUUGCUAUCGAAUGGAAGACGCCCAUUGACUUUGCGUCCGAACAGACGCUCAGCUUGACCAAGGCCAUUCACCGGCAGAGUAUCUCUACAAUACAGAGUACAAACGCAGUCAACCCCGACGCACUUGUCGCUCAAGACGCUCAAGACCAACCCGAACAGGAUGCUUCGAAGAACGACGUUAAUGUUACUCUGACAGUGUCUGGGCCGUCCAGUGUCCAGGUUGGCGAGAUCUUCACAUGGGAUGUGUUCAUUGUCAACCGAUCCGACAAAACACGAAGACUAGCUGUUCUUGUUAUCGCGAAAAGGUCUCAUGAUAUGGGGAGGCACAAAUCACAUCCAUCCACAUCCUCUGUAGGUGGACCUCGAACAGAGCGAAAAGAGCUUCUCGGUACAGCCGUAGUCGACGAGAAUGUUGUGUACGCAAAGCAAAAGAGCGGAAGGACAGAGACAGCCGAGUUGAUUUGCUUGACAACGGACAUUCGUCUGGGACAACUGUCGCCUGGUUCUUGCUAUACAGCUGAUCUCAAAUUUCUUGCACUCUCUGCAGGCGUCUUGUCUGUCGAGUCUAUACGAGUCGUCGAUCUGGUUACCAAUGAAGCCGUUGAUAUUCGACCCAUACUAAACAUGAACAGCACCAGACACAGACUGCUUUACCAGCUGAACAGUCGCUGGAUUUACGGGAAGAUUCCACUGCUGCACUCGAUAGUAUUUCUUCUACAGAUGGCUGCAGUCAGUUUGCUCACGCGCAAGUACAACCAGUACUAUGCGGCGCGCCCAGUUUUGACCACGAUGAUCACCAACGCCGUGUUGGGUGGUAUCGCGGACACAGUAGCUCAGACACUGACUGCAGUGCGAGAGCGCGCAGUGCGCAAGAAGGGUGGACCGGGCAAGGAUGACUUUUUGGCUAUUGAGAUUCACGAGCUUGACAGACGGAACCCGUUCAACGACAACGAUCUUAUCCCCGAUUCGAAGCUGCUUCCACCGCCUUUCGACUUCGAGCGAACCACCAGAUUCAUGUCCUACGGUUUCCUCAUGUCGCCGAUCCAACACAGGUGGUUUGGCUUCUUGUCCAGGACUUUCCCCGUGUCAAAGGGUGCGGCUUGGUUGCCUGCAUUGAAGCGCGUAGCUUUCGAUCAAUUUUUGUUUGCUCCAGCGGGUCUGGCUGCCUUCUUCACCUUCAUGACAGUUGCCGAGGGUGGUGGUAAGCGUGCGGUGCAGCGCAAGUUCCAAGAUGUCUAUGUGCCUGCGCUUCAAGCCAACUACAUGGUCUGGCCGGCUGUACAGCUGAUCAAUUUCCGUAUCAUGCCUAUUCAGUUCCAGAUUCCGUUCGUGUCGACCGUCGGUAUCGCUUGGACAGCUUACCUUUCCCUGACCAAUUCGGCUGAUGAUGCCGCUUAA